AUGUCAGUGAAUAAGGCACCUAUCUUGGGUAAAGAAUCCAUACACGUGGGGUAUGAAAUACAGCCCCACAUUGUCAGUGAAACAAUUGCCAACUUGGCAUCUUCCACAUAUGUGAUUGUCAGCGAUACCAACAUGGCGAAAACCCACACAUUCAAAAAAUUGGUGUCAGACUUUGAAAUAGAACUUGGGGAAAAAAGGCCAGAGUCAAGGCUAUUAACCUAUUUUGUCCCACCAGGGGAGAAUAACAAGAGCCGUGAAACAAAAGCUGCAGUUGAAGAUUUCCUUUUGAACAAGGGAUGCACUCGUGACACUGUGAUACUUGCAGUUGGUGGAGGUGUAAUCGGCGACAUGAUUGGAUUCGUCGCAGCAACAUUCAUGCGUGGAGUGAGAGUUGUUCAAGUGCCCACUACUUUGCUAGCAAUGGUUGACUCCUCCGUUGGAGGUAAAACCGCCAUUGACACACCUUUGGGGAAAAACUUUAUUGGUGCUUUCCACCAACCAGAGUAUGUCUUUUGUGACGUUUCUUUCUUGCAAACAUUACCAGCAAGGCAAUUCAUCAAUGGUAUGGCUGAAGUUGUCAAGACAGCAGCAAUUUGGAACGAAGAGGAGUUUACAAGGUUGGAGGAGUUUGCUGCGCAAUUUAUCGCCGAGGUUACCUCUGAGAAACCUAAUUUGGAAAAUAUUAGACAGGACUUGGUGAAGACCGUAUUGGAAUCAGUGAGAGUCAAAGCUUCUGUUGUGUCAGCCGACGAAAAAGAAGGCGGGUUGAGGAACUUGCUUAAUUUUGGCCACACCAUUGGUCACGCUAUUGAGGCUAUUCUCACUCCUGAAGCUCUCCACGGUGAGUGUGUUUCCAUUGGAAUGAUUAAAGAAGCCGAAUUAUCAAGAUACUUGGGAAUACUACCACCAGUUGCUGUUGCCAGACUUUCAAAAUGUCUUGCUGCAUACAAAUUGCCCAUUUCAGUUGACGAAAAGGGCUUUUCUAAAAUUGUUGGAGGUAAAAAGUACAACUUGUUGAUUGACCUGUUGAUCCAAAAGAUGUUGAUUGACAAGAAAAACGAUGGUAGCAAGAUAAGAUGUGUUUUAUUGGAGAGGAUUGGUAGAUGUUACCAGCUUAAAGCUCACCAAAUAUCGAAAGACGAUUUGAGAUUUGUCUUGACUGAUGAAGUUUUGGUACACCCUUUUAAGAAUGUCCCAGAGUCGGUUACAAUAUCGCCACCAGGUUCAAAGUCGAUUUCCAAUAGAGCCUUGAUACUAGCAGCGUUAGGAAGUGGCACAGUCCAGAUUAAGAACUUGUUACACUCAGACGAUACCAAGCACAUGUUGGAUGCAUUGUCUGUAUUAAGAGGUGCUUCCAUUUCGUUUGCAGAUAACGGUGAAACUGUUGUUGUUGAGGGUAACGGAGGAAAUUUAUUUGCCAGUGAGAAGGGGUUAUACUUGGGUAAUGCUGGAACCGCCUCGAGGUUCCUUACUGCCGUUGCAUGCUUAGCUAAAAGCUCAGAUAAUCUGGAUGUUGUCCUAACUGGUAAUUCCAGAAUGCAAGAGAGACCAAUUGGUCCUUUAGUUGAAGCUUUAACGUCGAAUGGGUCGGAAAUUGAGUACUUGAAAAACAGUGGCUCGUUGCCAUUAAAAAUCACUGCUGGAAAGGGCCUUAAGGGUGGCAAGAUUGAAUUGGCCGCUACUAUUUCAUCUCAAUACGUGUCAGCAAUUCUCAUGUGUGCACCAUAUGCCGAGGAGCCUGUAACAUUGUCGCUCGUUGGGGGAAAGCCUAUUUCGCAAUUGUACAUUGAUAUGACUUGUGAGAUGAUGAAGCAGUUUGGUGUUGAGGUGACGAAAACCGAGCCAUACACCUACCAUAUUCCAAAAGCAACCUACAAGAAUCCUUCUGAAUAUGUUGUUGAAUCGGAUGCAUCAUCUGCCACCUAUCCUUUGGCAUUUGCUGCGUUGACAGGCUCCUCCUGUACAAUUCCAAACAUUGGUUCGUCGUCGUUGCAAGGUGAUGCAAAAUUUGCCGUUGAUGUUUUAAAACCAAUGGGGUGUGAUGUGAAGCAAACAUCAACAACUACAACUGUCACUGGUCCGCCACUUGGCGGGUUAAAGGCGUUGUCGAGUGUGGAUAUGGAGCCCAUGACCGACGCUUUCUUGACCGCUUCCGUUGUGGCAGCUGUCGCUAAGGGCACAACCACGAUUACAGGCAUUGCAAACCAAAGAGUUAAAGAGUGCAACAGAAUUAAAGCCAUGGUUGAUGAAUUGGCCAAAUUUGGAGUCAAUGCUCAUGAAAUUGAUGAUGGUAUAGUGAUUGAAGGUGUGCCAUUGAGUGAUUUGAAAACCCCUCGAGUGGAAAACAGAGGUGUGCAUACCUAUGACGACCACCGAGUUGCCAUGUCGUUUUCGCUAUUAGCCGGUUUGUGUAAACUGCCAGUUUUGCUUUUGGAACGUUCCACCACAGGAAAGACGUGGCCGGGAUGGUGGGAUAUCUUACAUUCCAAGUUUGGUGCUACUCUUGAAGGUUAUGAGCCAGAAAAGACGACAAAUUCCAUCACUAACGGGGACAAAAGUGUUGUUGUAAUUGGUAUGAGAGCCGCAGGGAAAACCACGUUGUCCAAAUGGUUGGCAAAAUUCCUCGGUUUCAACUUUAUCGACCUAGAUGAAUAUCUUGAGCAGAAACUUGGCAUUGAUAUCAAGACAAUGAUCAAGACAAAAGGCUGGGACUAUUUCAGAGAGCAAGAGUCAUUGUUAGCUGCAGAAUGCUUUCAAAAGUACUCUACGGGAUAUGUGCUUUCCAGCGGCGGUGGUCUUGUCGAAAGUGAGGAUGCUAGGAAACAACUCAAAAACUACAUGGCCAACAAUGGUAUUGUUUUGCACUUGCACCGUGAUUUGGAGGAGACGGUUACAUUCCUAAACUCAGAUGCUACACGCCCUGCUUUUUCCUCUGAAGUGAAAGAUGUGUGGUUGAGAAGAGAAAAGUGGUACCAUGAGUGUUCCAAUUAUCAUUUCUACGCUCCACACUGUUCUGAUGAUGCUGAUUUUGCCACAUUGAAGAAGGUAUUUUUGAAAUUCAUUGCCAAAAUCACCGGUAUUGAAGAAAUGGCUAUUCCUAAAACGCGUUCUGCCUUUGUCACAUUGACAUAUCCGGAUGUGAGAAAUGCGUUACAAAUCUUGCAAGGCAUCACUGUUGGAGCAAAUGCUGUUGAAUUGAGAGUCGAUUUGCUUGCAAAGUCUGACCAAGCCUACAUUGCUGAUCAAGUUGGGUUAUUGAGGAAAACUGUGGACCUACCAAUUAUUUACACGAUUAGAACAAAAUCUCAAGGUGGUUUGUUUCCUGACAAAGAUCUUGAAUCAAUCAGAUCAUUACUUUUGUUUGGUAUCAAGAUUGGCGUCGAUGUGAUUGACUUGCAAUUGAUUUCACCAAACGAUAUCAUCGACGAGGUCAUGUCAAAGAGAAAUCACACUAGAGUCAUUGCAUCACACCACGACUUCACUGGCCAAUUGAAGUGGGAUAAUGUUGAGUGGAAGACCAAGUACGAUCAAGGGGUGGCUAUCAAUGCUGAUAUUGUCAAAUUAGUUGGCAAGGCUGAUGAUUUUAAUGACAACUUGUUGUUGGAGAAAUUCAGAAGUGAAAACACGACCAAGCCUUUAAUUGGGUUGAACAUGGGACCAAAGGGGAAGUUGUCAAGAGUUUUAAACACAGUAUUUACGCCAGUGACGCAUGAUCUCAUCACAGAUAAACCACAGGGAGUUGGCCAAUUAUCGCUCAAGGAAAUCAACGAAGCCUACUUCCAAAUUGGUGGAUUUGUUGAAAAGAAAUUCUGGGUUGUUGGAUCACCAAUAGAGCAUUCAAGGUCACCUGCAUUACACAAUGCCGGGUAUGAAGCAUUGAGUUUGCCAUACAAAUUUGAUAGGUAUGAAUCGAGUGACGCAGAGACUGUUUAUAACAAGUUAAUGUUGAGACCUGAUUUUGGUGGAUUGGCCAUUACGAUGCCAUUGAAAUUGGAUAUGAUGAAGUAUGCCACCAAACUUUCAGACUCGGGUAAAUUGAUUGGUGCUAUAAACACAAUUGUACCUAUCGACGGUGGCUUCCUUGGUGACAAUACUGACUGGGUUGGAAUUACAAACUCCUUCAAGCAGAAUGGGUUCAUAGGAGGCAAUAAAGUUACUGGCUUAGUUGUAGGUGGAGGCGGUACUUCAAGAGCUGCAAUCUAUGCUUUGCACAAGUUGGGUUGUGAAAAGAUUUAUUUGCUCAAUCGUACUGUAUCAAAGUUACACGAUAUUGCCAGCAGUUUCCCCAAAGAAUACAAUCUUGAAGUAGUUGAGCUGGAUGAGCAAGUAAGAGAUAAACCAGUAUCAUUGGCUGUUUCCUGUGUUCCAUCUUCAGCACCAUUGGACGAGGUCUUGUUAACGAGAUUGGAGAUUAUGCUAAACUCCAACAAGGCUGAUAGUGAUGAUGUUCCAUUGCUUUUAGAGGCAGCAUACAAGCCUAGAAUUACACCUGUUAUGCAAUUAGCAGAAGAAAAGUACAACUGGAAGGUUAUUCAAGGGGUUGAGAUGUUGGUGAAUCAAGGUGAAGAGCAGUUUAAAAUCCAUACAGGGUUUGUUCCACCAUAUGAUGUUAUCCAUGAUGCAGUAGUUGCUGAAGACUAA